UUGAAGUAAUAUUAAAAAAACCCUCCAAAAAAGUGUAGUGGUGUGGUGGAACCAAUAAACACGAGAGAAAGAUUGAAGUAGUACAGUGUUUGUUUGUCUAUUAAUAGUGACUGAGAUUCCAAGUUUGAAAGAAACAGGAUCUCUUUUGGCCUUUUAUUUUGAUCACCAUCUUCUUCUACUUUUGUUGUUGUUGUUAUUUCAGAGUUGCUCUGUCUCAGUGCAUUGAUUUUCAUUCUCUCUCAUGGCUAGAACACAAGGACUCAACAAGCCAUGUAUACUCAUCAUAGUGAUAGCUGGUAUGGAGAGGUUUGCAUUCAAAGGGGUGGCAUCAAAUUUGGUAACUUACUUAGCAGAUGUUAUGAAGAUGAGCAACUCAUCGGCUGCCAAGACGGUGAACAGUUGGUGUGGAUUCACAUCCCUGUUGUCUCUCCUUAUGGCACCCCUUGCAGACUCUUACUGGGAUCAGUAUUCUACCAUUUUAUUCCCUUCUUUCCUCUAUGCUCUGGGUCUUCUAGCACUGACAUCAACAACAUUUCCAAUCAACAAAACCAGUUCCACCUCAUCACUUCUCUGGUCUCUCUACAUGAUUUCAAUAGGCCAAGGAGGGUACAACCCGUCAUUGCAACUGCUCGGAGCAGAUCAACUUGAAAACGAGGAUGAAACAUUGCCUUCCAGCAUAAAUGAAAAGAAUUCUGACAAGGGUUUGUUCUUUGGGUGGUCGUACUUUGGGAUUUGCAGUGGCAGCCUCUUAGGUGCCACAGUCAUGUCGUAUAUCCAAGAUAACUUAGGAUGGGGAUUAGGAUUUGCCAUCCCAGCAAUCAUUAUGGUUACAUCAAUUUCAUUUUUCUCUUGUGGUAGCAAAUUGUUCACGUACAAGCAGGCUAACAAGGGUGGUGAUGUGAAGUCCUUGAAGAACAUAGUUCAUGCCAUCAAAGGGACAGCCGUCAAAAUGAUGAAUGUUCAAUUAACCAUGUCAAACAAAUCCGAUGUGGUUGAGCUAGAGCUUGAAGAAGAAAAACCGCUGUGUCACCAAGAUCUUGAUGGCAGCGAGGGCGUAGACAAGAGCUCUAACACUGGCAUUCACCUGCCUGAAAUCGCGAAAGUCAUAUUGCACCUCUUACCUACAUGGACUACACUUCUAAUGUUUGCAGUGAUUUUCCAAAAGCCCAUGACAUUCUUUACAAAACAAGGUGUGACAAUGCAGAGAAACAUUGGGAGCAACUUCAAAAUCCCACCGGCUAUGCUACAGAGUGUGAUCACAGUGUCCAUAAUCCUGUUAACGCCUUUAUAUAACAUGUACUUCAUCCCCCUCGCUCGCGUUGCCACGCACAACGAGAAAGGUAUCAGCGUGAUGCAGAGGAUGGGGAUCGGAAUGCUUCUCUCAGUCAUAGCGAUGGUGAUUGCAGCGCUUGUAGAAACGAAGAGGCUCAAAAUAAGUAAAAACACACAAUCAGAAACAGUGCCACUUAGCAUAUUUUGGUUGCUGCCACAGUACAUUCUGUUGGGUAUUUCGGACAUUUUCACCGUUAUUGGGAUGCAAGAGUUCUUUUACAGUGAAGUUCCUAUACGAAUGAGAACAACGGGGAUAGCACUGUAUACAAGUGUUUUUGGGGUAGGAAAUUUCUUGAGUGCACUGUUAAUUACCAUUCUCGACUAUUUCACAAACUCAAGAAGAGGAGGAAGACAAAGUUGGUUCUCUGAUGACAUGAGAGAAGCUAGGCUAGAUAAGUACUACUGCUUGGGAAGUUCUUUAAGCAUGCUAACAUUUGUAAUCUUGGGUAGAUUUUACAAAAGUAGAAUAUGAUUUGCUCAAUGUAAUAUGUAACACAUGCUUCAUUUUCCGACCACUGUUAAGGUAAUGUAUAUAGCUUUGUAUAGUUUUUUAAUAGUAUUGCUAAUAUUUGUAAUCUUAUGCAGAUUUUACAAAAGUAGAUUAUGAUUUGCUUAAAGUAAUCUGUGAGAUACAGCUUUUAAGGUAAUGUUUAUAGCUUUGUAUAGCUUUUUAAUAGUAUUAUUCACUGUAAUUGAAGUGAGCAAAAUUAUUACAAAGCAGAGGUCCCUGUCACAGCACCACCCCACCUUUUUAAAGUAUAUAUUUCAUUCACAUUUAUCUCCAAACAGAUAGGUUUAAUUUUAUUUUUUGGUAACGUUUCUAAUAUAUAGUUAUUAAUUACUAUUUUUUUUUUUGGUAUUGCAAGAAUUAGAAAUUUUCAAGAUAAACGUAUAUAAUUUU